CAAUGAUCCAUGGAUAUAUACUACAAUUUUCUCAAUCAUAUUCCUUAAAGAAAAAAAAAACAAGUACCCUUUCAAAAAGUUUAUCUCUUUUAUGCUGAUGACAAAAAUACAAAUUUGUGGUAUAGGAAAGAAAUAGACAUGAGCUUCCAAGUUAGACAACUCAACUAAAAAUAGAUUUUUCUUUUCAAGGAAAUUUUAUUCAACAAAAGUAAAAAAUUCAAUGGUAUUCUCAAUGGACUAGAGGUGGAGUUUUUGAUCUUUGAUUAGAGUUAAGAUUUGAUUGUUGAAUAAAAAAAAUGGCACUAGCUCCAAUUCCAAAAGUUGUUUUAGGUUCAAUAGCCUUUGCCAUUUUCUGGAUAUUAGCAGUUUUUCCAGCAGUUCCAUUUCUACCAAUAGGUAGAACAGCAGGAUCUCUUUUAGGUGCAAUGCUUAUGGUAAUAUUUCGAGUUAUUACUCCGGAAGAAGCGUACGCUGCAAUCGAUCUUCCAAUUCUCGGUCUUCUUUUCGGCACAAUGGUUGUUAGUGUUUAUCUUGAAAGAGCAGACAUGUUCAAAUACAUAGGAAAAUUACUUUCUUGGAAAAGUAAAGGAGCAAAGGAUUUACUUUGUAGAAUCUGCUUGAUUUCAGCUUUAUCAAGUGCUCUUUUCACGAACGACACUUCUUGUGUUGUUUUGACUGAAUUCAUAUUGAAAAUUGCAAAACAACAUAAUUUACCACCUCACCCUUUUUUGCUUGCACUUGCUUCAAGUGCUAAUAUUGGUUCCUCGGCUACGCCAAUCGGUAACCCUCAAAAUCUUGUUAUAGCUGUUGAGAGUAAAAUUUCAUUCGGAGAGUUUUUGUUUGGUAUUGUUCCAGCUAUGCUUAUAGGAGUUGUAGUUAAUGCUUUGAUUCUUAUAGCUAUGUAUUGGAAAUUGUUAUCUGUUCAUAAAGAUAUCGAGGAUCCUAUUGCGGAAGUUGCAGCUGAAGAAGAUGUUAAUUCUCAUCAAUUUUCUCCAGCUACAAUGUCUCAUUAUUCAUCAUCACUUAAUUCUCAAGAGUUGAAUGGUUACAUAGUAGAAUCCUCUAGUAUUCAAAAUUCUCCUCAAGUUCAUAAUCUAAGAAACCGAUUGGUUUCGAGUGAUAGUGAAAUCGAUAGGUUUCAUGUUGGUAGCACAAUUGAUUCUGCUAGAAAUUCAACUGCAUCAAAGGAAGGGACUAAUAAUGACUUGGCUUCUCAAGAGUCGAAAACCGUUGUUGAAGUGGAUAGAACAAUAGAAGCACAUGUUUUGAUCUCUUCAGAAGGAAAGGAAUAUUUAAGCGCCGAUUGGAAGCGUAGAUUGUGGAAAUCUUGUGUUUAUAUGAUUACAUUAGGAAUGUUGAUUGCAAUGCUUCUUGGUUUAAAUAUGUCGUGGACUGCAAUUUCGGCUGCAUUAGCUUUGGUUGUUCUUGAUUUCAAAGAUGCUAGGCCAUCUUUAGAAAAGGUUUCAUAUUCACUUUUGAUAUUCUUUUGUGGAAUGUUUAUCACAGUAGAUGGAUUCAACAAAACUGGAAUUCCAAGUGCUUUAUGGGAGUUGAUGGAGCCUUAUUCGCGAGUUGAUCGUUCUAGUGGAAUAGCGAUACUUGCUCUUGUUAUACUUGUCCUAUCAAAUUUGGCUUCAAAUGUACCAACCGUGAUAGUUUCCUGGACCGAAAAAAUUGACCCUAUAAGGCUCUAGUGAUUUAGCUACGGGGGCCAAUUUAAGGGAGCUGGAAUCAAAUUGUAUGCAACUUAUUAUGGUAGAAAACAUAUCUCAAAUAUAUUUAUGUUAGUGUGGUGAAACAGAACCUGGCUGUCUGGUUCAGCCAGAAAUAGGUCAGUCUGGCGGUUGGUUGAACCAAGGUCGGUUCACGGUCCUACAGAACCGUAGUUAACAGUGGUUGGUUCGGCUGUUUCUUUUUUGUUUUUUACUAUUUAUUUAUUAUUUGGUUCAACUAUGGUUGAACCAAUUAAAUAUGAUUCGGAAGUCAAACCGGUUCAACCUCCGGUUCAACAUUAGUUUUGACAACAUAAGUUACUAUGUGUGUUUUCCGUAGUUAACAAGCUGAUUUCAGUAAGGAUCAUGGUUUUUGAAGAAUUAUGUUUGAUAGAAAAUAAAUUACAAUCAUUGCUCCAAAUAUUUCCUCUUUUCUUGAAAAGUUUAGAGUUAAAACAUUAAGUUACAUCCAUCUUUAGAGCGUUUUUUCGAUCUGAUGU